AUACUUACACCAGAACAGUGCAUCAUCAUCCAAAGUGAACUAGUUUAUCCUUGAAACUAAAUAUCUGAGUCCAAGGGGGAGUUUUUUUGGAACAGGGUUACUGGAAAUGGAACAGAAUGGUAAUCAAAAUCUACCUACAGGAACCCUUUGCCGAAUGGGAUGUGGGUUCUAUGGAACUGCUGCUCUUGACGGCAUGUGCUCCAAAUGUUACAAAGGUGCUAUAAAAAGGAAACAGAAUUCGUCACCUGUAAGUGGACGUAUUAGCCCGACAGGUGAAGGGGAUAAAGUGGUCAAUGUGACUGCUUCCCUUGCCCAAACUUCUCUAGGACCAUCAAGUCAAGAAAUCUCAUCAACACCUAGUAUAGUUGAAGGUGCAACUGGUGUUGAUACAUCGGUUAUCCCUAGUAUAAAAACUGCCACACCUACCGUACCUGUCUCUAAUUCCAAUCAGGAAAAAGAUAUUGUAUAG